CCCGGUGCCGCUGCCGGAGCGGGCGCGCCUCGCCGCUGCCGAGGUGGCGAGAGUUAACGGCGGAGCCGCCUCUCCAUUGGCGGCCGGCGGGGCGGCUGCCGAGCCCCGCUCUAUAACGGGAGCAGCCCCGCAUCGCGGCCGGCAUGCCCAGCCUGCCUCCCCCCGCUCCGCCUCUCGUCCCGCUCCUCCUGCUCUGCCUCGCCCUGAGCCGGGCAGCGGCGGCGCCGGGGGCCGAGCAGGAGGAGCCGUGGUGCCCGUACAAGGUGCGGGGCGAAGGCGGCGGCGGCGGGCGGCUGUGUUUCCGCAGCCCGGCUCGGGGUUUCCAGUGCUCGGCUCGCUCGUGCCGCUCGCACCGCUCGGCGGGCGGCGCUUUGGUGGCGAACGUUCUGCGCAACGGGAGCGUUUUGGUGCAGUGGGGGUCGCCGCGCCCCUCGGCGGGGCUGCGGGGCUUCGCGCUCAACUGCUCGUGGGACGGCACCUACACGCGGUUCCCGUGCGAGAGCGUGGAGCUGGGAGCCUCCUGCCGGGAUUUCCUGCUGCCCGAGGCCCACGGCGGGGUCCGGUACCGGCUGUGCCUGCAGCCCCGCUUCGCCCCGCGCCGCCCCGCGCCCCCCGCGCAGUGCGUGGAGUUCCGCCCGCAGCCCCCCGCCAUGCGCGACAUCGUGGUGGCCAUGACCGCCGUGGGGGGAUCCAUCUGCCUCAUGCUCGUCUUCAUCUGUCUCCUCGUGGCGUACAUCACCGAGAACCUCAUGAGCCCGGCCGUGGCCGCCCCGCGCAGACCCUAAGUGCUGGCGGGCAAAGGAGCCUGGCCAACCGGGGGGCUGUCCAGGAUGGCGUGACCGCGAGAAAAGCCAUGGAUGUCAUCUAUCUGGACUUCUGUAAAGCCUCGUCACAUCUAACCUCCAGCAUUCACCAGGAACAACUCCUGUCCAACCAACCUGGUGGCUGUCCGUGAUGGCAUGACCGCAGGAAAAGCCAUGGAUGUCAUCUAUCUGGACUUCUAUAAAGCCUCGUCACAUCUAAACUCCAGUAUUCACCAGGCACAACUCCUGCCUGACCAAUCUGGUGGCUUUUUGUGAUGGC